CUUGCAUUUUUUGUUUGAUGAAUCCUUUUUUCCAAAAUGAGCAAAAAAACCACAACCUGUAAUUAUUAUUUACUUAUAUGGUUAAAACAUAAUAUAGAAUUUAUAUAUUUAUAAUAAAUACUCAAGCGCUUCGUGAACUUAACCAAUCAAAAGUAGAGCGAAAAAGCUUAAGAUGACUUACUGAUUCUAUUAUAAAUGAAAUAAUUCCAUUGGGUAUUAUGGUUUUACUGCGAAGAUUUCUUAAAUAAAAAUCAGCACAAAGGAUCAGCGGUGCACUGGUACAGACAGAGUUUAAUACAAAUAGCAAAUUGGCAAUAUAUUGCUUCGUCAAAAUCUUUAACCGUUUGUUACGCGAAAGAUAAAAGCGAACACAGAUAAAGAAUCUGUAAAUUUCUAAUGUAUAUUGGGUUUAAUGAAGAAUGUUUACGUUAUUUAAUAAAAAUGGAUAUUUAUUGAUUUUAUUUUUUAUAUGGUGCAUUCAAUUUUUCGAUUGUAUAACUUUGUUCGAUAACUCCAAAUCGUACGCCGUAUAUGAUAAAUGGAAUAUAACAACGGUUGGGAAACUGGUGCUGAACUUUAAAACUCAAAGCCAGUACAGCUUAUUGUUAUAUGUGGAUGAUAAAUCAGAAGAUGGUUUAGAAAAUGCAGAAAAUAAUAGCGAAGGAAAUUAUCUAGAAAUUUCACUUAAUAAGGGUCAAGUUGAAGUAAUAAAGCAAACGGUUAAAUUGUCCGGAGAAAUCCAUAAACAAGUUUUAUCAUUAGGAGAAAAUGUGAACAAUCUAGAAUGGCAUACUCUAACUGUAACAAAAUACAUAGGUACAUUGCAAGUGUCAGUUGAUAAUAACGUUGCACUGCUUGAUUUUUCAAGUAAUGACGACAAAUUUCAAAUAAAUUCUUAUCUUUAUAUUGGAGGACUAUCGGAAGAAAAAACAAAAAGUUCAUUUGGUUUUGCCAAACUUAAACCUAGAUUUGUUGGUUGCAUUGAGUCGCUUCAAUACUCGUCAGGCAAUACAUACUUAAAACCAGCUCAAACAUUCUUAAAAAGUGAAAGAAUCGCCCCGAACUGCUUAGAUUCUUGUAGCCUCAAUACAUGCGCUAAUAAAGGAAAAUGCAUAAACUUGUUUACAAGAGCAGCAUGCGAUUGCUUUGGAACAGGGUUUACUGGAGAAAUUUGUAACAACUAUGCUGACACCAUAAGCCAAGAUGACGAUGAUUACCUUAUAUGGAAUGUAAACGACUUAUAUGCGACUGCUGUUUACUUAAGGUUCAGAUAUAAAAUCGCUAACCCCAACGGAAUACUUUUCUACACAAAGCGAAAAGGAAUAUUACUUUUAGUUGAAGUUGUAGAUGGCAAAUUAAGAGUUGCUGGCGGCUCUACUACAACGGUUCCAUCUGAGGUUAUACAUCAACUGGAUGUAAUGGACUCUCAAUGGCACUCAGUAGAUAUCACUAAAAAAGGCAAUGUUGUAACCGUAGUUUUAGAUUCAAUAUAUAAAAGCAACUUCACCAUAAAGGCAACAAGUGUAAUUGAUAGCUUCGAUCAAGAACCAGUAUACUUUGGUGGCGUACCAUUCCCAAAAUACAUAUAUGGUGUGAACUCAAUGAAGAACUUUGUUGGGUGUCUUCAACAAAUUGAAUUCAAUAAGGAUGAUGUCAUAUACAAAGUUCUGCAUACAAUAAAUAAAAACAUUGAAAAAGUUGGCCACGUUCGCAUUGGUUGUUCAUAUAACAAGAGCAAUAUUGUUAUUGCAAAAACAACAACACAAUCAACAACAACAACAACAAAAAGAAAUGAGAUUAAUGAUAACAAUUUCGCAACAGGUUCCAAUAAUAUAAAGAUUAUAGAAGUCAAUGAAAGAAUAAUCGAAAAAUUUCAUACCAAAGAAACAAGCGUUAGUCAAAGUGUAAUAGUAUGGAUAACGGCUGCAAUUGUUAUCGGAACAAUAAUAAUAUUGAUAUCUGCAGCAUGCGUAGUUCAUCACAUUAGAAUGAGGUAUACUCAUAGAAGUCGAUCGGCUCGCUCAUUAGCGGAUCUUGAAAAUGAGCACGAGCUAAUUAAAAAAAAGACAGUCUUUGUAAAGUCUGAUUCAACUAAAGAUGAUGUUAACAAGAAAAACAUGGAAGAAGAAAAACACUUUAUUUCUAGAGACACAAAUUAAAAAACAUUCUGGUCGUCUUUUUAGUUAUGGAUAUUGUACAGAUAAAUUCGCAUUAUUAUCUUUAAAAAACUAGAUUUAUCUGCAAUCAAAAAUGAGCAAGAGGUAUCAUCAUCUUAAACUUGACUCAAAAGCUGACUGACUUGUUCAACUCAAAAGCUGAAGCAAUUUAAGGCAUCAACUUUACGCAAUAAAGUAAAUUUAGAAUCAAUUUUAUACAAAAACUAAAGCAGUUUAAAGCAUCAACAUGACACGUAAAAAAAUACCCCAGUAAAAACAAGACAUAGUUUGGACAUAAUUUAGAAGAUGUCUAAUAGUUUUUAUGCGGACUUAAAGACGUUUAAACACUGCAUGUUUACCUGGACUGAAAUCAUUUUUUUAUGCGGACCUUUUUAUGCAGUUGUUAAAACACUGCGUAUUUAACGGGGACUGAGAACAUUUAUUUAACAAUACAAAAUUAAAUUAUUUUUGAAAAUAUAUGUAAAUAAAUUAUAAUUAAAAUUUUGCUUGUAAUGUAUUUAUUAGCAUAGUAAAAAAAGUAACAAUAAAUAUUAUCGAAACAAAA